UGUCACUCUCCCCAAUGUAAACAAACUUCCAACAGAAGUCAUCAUGCAACAUCACACAAAACUUUAAGGCUAAAAUAUUCAAAAAUUAAAGCAGAACUGCUAAAAAUUAAUUAAAAAGGUAAAUUUGCAAGUAUUUAUUGAUCGUUUACAGAUUAUUUUUCAUUUAAUCAACGGUGUGAUACUCAAACAUAUGCGAAUUAACUGACGUGGCUCACAUCAAAUUUUUUCUAACCUAAAAAUUGCACCAAUUAAUCCAGAAAAUGGAACGAAAAAAGCCAAAAAAUAAAAAUAACACCGCGUCCCUUAUGGAGAAUGGAGACGUUACCAAUUUCCACAACAAAAGUGAUAUCAGGGGUGAUAAAAUGAAUAUUUUACUGCUAUUAUUUCUCUAUACUUUGCAAGGCAUUCCACUUGGGUUAAGUGCAGCUAUACCAAUGAUUUUACAAAACAGGGGCGCCAGUUAUAAACAACAGGCUGAAUUCAGCUUUGUUACUUGGCCAUUCAGUUUGAAAUUACUAUGGGCCCCCUUGGUAGAUUCCUUGUUCUCAUCCAAAAUGGGGCGAAGGAAAACUUGGCUAAUACCCACUCAGUAUCUGAUAGGUUUAUUUAUGUUGAUUCUUUCAAUGUAUGUUGACCAGUGGCUAGGAGAUAAACAUACCCCACCAAACAUUGGCUUUUUAACCAUUUUAUUUUUUGCUUUAAACUUUUUGGCUGCCACUCAGGAUAUUGCUGUGGAUGGAUGGGCAUUGACUAUGCUAAAAAAGUGUAAUGUGGGGCAUGCCUCUACUUGUAAUAGUGUGGGACAAUCAGCAGGAUUUUUCCUCAGUUAUGUGGUGUUUAUGGCCCUGGAAUCACCUGACUUUUGUAACAGUUACUUGAGAAGUGAACCUAGUGAUAUUGGCCUAGUGACUUUGCCUAGCUUCUUUUAUUUUUGGGGCAUUGUAUUUAUAGUUUCAACCACUUUAGUUGGUAUUGUUAAAAGGGAAGAGGAAUCCAGGGAUAUGGAGCAUGAUGUACCACAUGACAGGGAUAUCAAGACUGCUUAUGUUUCUUUAUGGAAUAUAUUAAAGCUUCCAUCCGUUAAGAGUUUAAUUCUGGUGCUGUUAACUUGCAAAGUUGGUUUUUCUUCAACAGACAGUGUAAUGACCUUAAAGCUGGUUGAAGCAGGGAUUCCCAAAGAAAAACUGGGUCUCAUGGCAAUCCCUCUGAUCCCAAUACAACUAGCCUUGCCAGUUAUUAUAUCAAAAUACACAACUGGCCCUAAACCUCUGGAUAUUUUUCUGAAAGCCAUCCCUUAUAGGCUCUUAUUUGGUAUUAUUGCUGCUUUUUUGGUCUGGAUAACACCUACAUUAGUUCCAAAUGCUUCCUUGGGUCUACCAGUGUCUUAUGUGGCAUUACUGCUUGGAUGUUAUGCUUUACAUCAGGUGUGUGUGUACUCAAUGUAUGUGGCCCUAAUGGGCUUUUUUGCUAAAGUAAGUGAUUCUUCUGUGGGCGGAACUUAUAUGACUCUAUUAAACACUGUGUGUAAUUUGGGUGGAAAUUGGCCUGCCAUGAUGGCCCUAUACUUCGUUGAUCCUUUGACCUGGAAAGAGUGUCAAGGGGGUGAAAAUAAUUUGGGAAAUACUUGCGCCACUACUGUGGAAAAAGAGGAAUGUUUUACAAAUGGAGGUGAAUGUGUUACCUUAUUGGAUGGGUUUUAUAUAGAAACGCUCUUGUGCACUGCUAUAGGACUUCUCUGGUUAUUGUGGGGUAACAAACGUGUGAAAUACAUUCAAAGUUUAAAUGAAAGUGAUUGGAAGCUAAAACGCUCCAAACGGCAUAGAGAAAGAUAAUUUUUUUAUGAUUUAUUUAGAACAAUUUAAAGACUUUUUUCUCAAUAUUUAAUAACCCGAUACAAACCUGUUUACUUUUCAUCAGUUAGCAGGUAAGCCAUUUGGUGUGAGACAGAACAGUUAUGUGUAUUUAUAGUUUAUAAGAUUUUGUGAGCAGUAGUUUUGGAUUAUAUUUUUAUUUAAUAAUUUAUAGUAACAAAUUUUUAAAUUUGUUAGUAAUUUAUUGUGAUAUUAAAGUGGUGUUUGUUGUUAUAUUUUUCGAAAUAUAGUUUUUUUAGAGGGA